UGGGAGUCUGCCGUGUGAAGCACAGCUGAUUUCGCGGAAGGCGACAUACUCAGUAGGACGAAGGAAGCGACUGAUACGAGCUGCCGCGGCACCGUUAGUCAUCAACUGGAGACAGCGACCGACGGUUUUGUGGAAACGUCUCGUCCGUUCCGCAACUGCGUCAAAUGAUCGCCGAUACAAAUCCAUUGUUCAUGUUUUCUUUGUGAUUCUUGAGAUACGCGAUUAGAGAUAACGAAUCUUGUUUUUGUUGAGGAUUUUUUUUCUCCACCCAAUUGUUUUGUCGCCCGAGUUGGUUGUGUUUACAUGGGAAACCCUGAUAUCGCCGCGAUUUGAUGGGCGUUUCGGGACCUACGUGUCGUCGAUGGUGGCAAAUUGUAUUUUUGUGUCCCUGAUAAAUGGACAUGGCAACGAACAGAAACGCCGCGGCGCAGAGGCCGAACGGCGCGCCGCAGACCAAAGUGUGCCAGUUCAAGUUGGUGCUGCUGGGCGAGUCGGCCGUGGGCAAGUCGUCGCUGGUGCUGCGCUUCGUGAAGGGCCAGUUCCACGAGUACCAGGAGAGCACCAUCGGCGCCGCCUUCCUCACGCAGACGCUGUGCCUUGACGACACCACCGUCAAGUUCGAGAUAUGGGACACGGCGGGGCAGGAGAGGUAUCACAGUCUAGCGCCCAUGUACUACCGCGGCGCGCAGGCAGCCAUCGUAGUCUACGACAUCACUAAUCAGGACACAUUCGGUCGCGCGAAGAACUGGGUGAAGGAGCUGCAGCGGCAGGCGUCGCCGUCCAUCGUGAUCGCUCUGGCGGGCAACAAGAGCGACCUGGCCGCCAAGCGCAUGGUCGAGUUCGAGGAGGCGCAGGCGUACGCCGACGAGAACGGGCUGCUGUUCAUGGAGACCAGCGCCAAGACCGCCAUGAACGUCAACGACAUAUUCCUAGCUAUCGCGAACAAGUUACCAAAGAGCGAGAGCGCGGGCGGCGGCGCGGCGGGCGGCGCGCGGCGCCUCAACGACGCGGACGCGCCGCGCUCCUCCUCCUGCUGCAAGUGAUACCCGCAGACAACAUCGCAUAAGGGCGAGGGCGCGCGCGGGGGCUGAGGUAGGCUAUUUAUAAUGAAUUAUCGCCGACACGACCGCGCCCCGACACUAAUAGACACUACGACCGCCACCGCCGACGUACAAACAUUGGCUCCAACACGACACCACAGCGAGCGGACAUUGGUGGCGUUUGGCCAACAUUGGCUUAAACCCCUUGGCCGAUUUACAUUUCUCGCGGUAGACACAUGGGCUAUUUCUGAACGUAUUUUUAAAUUUGUAAACAAUAUGGAAUAUGAUUCAGAUUAGGUAAGACCAGAUAUUUUACUUUGUAUUCCUUUCGUUAUACUCACAACAACAAUAUUUUUUUUAAUAUCCUCAAUUUAAAUUAUGGGUUAGUAUAACCCGAGAAUAUUAAUAAUAGUGAAACAUUUGCUAUUGGUUCGUUCGAAAAGUGUCAAUUUUCCACGUUAACAAGUUCAAGCAACCAAUAGAUAGUGUCAUUUGACAUUUGUGACGUCACAGGCCACAUUCCCAUUGCGCGCUAAAAUGGUGGUGUUUGCUUAAAGUUAGACAGUAUUUUAAAUGCUGAAUUGCUUAGACAUUAUGACAAAUGUUAGUAAGGAUAAGUAAUUUAUUGGACCUGUGCUCAUCUGUCAUCCAUGUUUUACUUGUCUAUUGAAAGUAAAUAAAAGUAGAAUGAUAUUUUAUCUCACAAUUUUACUGAUAAAUAAGAAAUACAAUAUACAUAUUCCAUAUUGUCUCAGUGUGUUAACGUUCGUAUAGUGACGUCAUAGUUGUCAAUAUUGGUCUAACCAAUAUUUGCGGUGCGUUGGCCAAAUGUUCGCCAAAUAUGGCAUAUUGCAAUAUGUCGAAAGUAUGUGUAAUUGUAACGUGUUAAAAUUGCUAGAUUUUAAUGAAAUAAUCACUUAUUGUUUUGGUAAUUCUUUUUUUUAUUACAACGUUUAGUAUGAAAUGUGGGGGUUGGGAAAAUAAUAUGUUAAUCUUAUUUGUAAUUAAUCUAUUGAUUGAACUAAAUAAUUAGUUCUACAUUGAAAUUAUUUGAUUAUUUAAUUAGUCAUACUUUAUUAUUUUUGUAUAAUUUUGCGGCUGGAUUUUUUUAUAUUAUUAUUUGUAAUAUAUUGCUACUAUAUCUUUUAAUUAAUUUAAAUAAUCUAUUGCUUUUUUAAUCAAAUUACGAUUUAUUUAUAAUAGUAAAUCCUAAGAUUACAUUAGGGAUAGUGUUAAAAACAUUGUUAAUUCAUGAGAUUUAGAAAGGAGAAAAAUACCUUAAGCUCCCUAGUGUAAUUUUACGGGUUUUUAAGACACUGGCACACUUAUAACACGUCGCGCGAUGCGUUUAAUAUAAUCAAAACUUAAUACAUGUUAUAUAUUUUAUGUCUGGUAAACUUUAUAAGCAUAUUGUGAUGUCGUCCUUGUCAAAAGGGAUGGCGUCGCGUGGUGUGUUGUAGGUGUGCUCCUAGCAUUAUGACGUAGCGUAGUGUCUAUUAGUGAGGUGCGCGCUGGCAAAGUGUAAACAAAUACAUGCUAAAUAUAAUGUCUAGGAUUACAUGAACUUAUUUGUAAAGCUGGACACACGUUGGUAACACGCCACUGACCACGACACGCCACAAGUGAAAUAUUAAUAUUUUUCAUGUCUAUACUACCCUCAAAUGCGAGCCAAGAGAUAAUUGUCUAUACAGGGUGCUCGGGAGUAUUUGCCAUAACUCUAGGGUUAUAUUCUUUAAGGACAAUUAAUUAAAACAUGUCUAAGGAACAUGUAUUCUAUAUAUAUAUUUCGGAGUAAAAAAAUAUUUCUUUUGUAAAUAGAUUUUAAAUUGUGUCCCUUAUAUCGCAUCCUUAUAUUAUAACCUAGCCAAACUUUAUUUGAUAAAUAUCAUGAAGUAGCUUACUAGUGCAGAGUGCCAGUUACAAUAUCUCGUCGAUGUAUUUUAAAAUGCAAGGAUCGAUAAAGGCGUGUGUUACAUGGAUAGUCGGAAUUAUUUGAAUUAUUUUGUAUGAAAACAUUAAUAGUUUUUUUUAUUUUUUAGUUAAAUAAAUAUUACUUAUGCAGUUCGACUCCGUUAAGUGGACUCGUCAACACCUUAAAGUUAUGGGAAACACUCCCGAGCACCCUGUAUAAUCGCUAAGAAAGAGAGUGCGGUACGUAAAUAAACCUAUCUCUUGGUCAUGCGUAUCUUAGGUAGACAUGUUGGUAAAGUCUUUCAUAUAAAAUAUUAAUAUUUAUUUUGAUUGAACAUUCGUGGCGUCGCGUCGCGUCGUGUCGUGUCGUGUUGCAAGUGCACCCGUGUCAUUAUGUAACGAGUAAAGAAUAUAAAUAUUAAAUAUUAUACUUUAAAAAUUUUAUUUGUAUCAAGUUAUAUAGGCGAUCGGCGUUGUUUUUCCUUAGCUUAAGAUCACUUCAGAUUUAUAAUUUCCAUAGCGUUGUAUGUUACGGUAAGGUUGAUUAGACGUAUUCUAUAUGAGUUCUAGGCAGUUUAGCGGUCAGAACAUAUUUUCUAUUGACGGAUUUAGUGGUCAGAACAAUGUUAUAUUGUUCUCUGGACAGAUUAGUUGUGAGAACAGUGACACAUUGUGCUUUUGACACAUUAUUGAUCAGUGUUACAUCAUUCUUUUGAAAGAUCAGUGGUCACAACAGUGUUACAUUGAUACUCUUGAUAGAUUUAUUGUCAGAACAGUGUCACAUUGUGCUAAUGACUUAUUAGUUGUCAGAACAGUGUCAUAUCGUGCUAUUGACAUAUGAGUUAUCAGAACAGUGUAACAUUGUGCUUUUUGGCAUUGUAGUUAUCAGAACAGAUUGUUCUGUUAUAAGAUCAAUGGUCGGAACAGUGUUACAUUGUUCUCAAAUUAAUUCUGGACAAAGUGUCACAUUGUUCUUUGUACAAUAUUUAGAACAAUAUGCGUGUCUGACGCACAGUUGUUACAUCACCCUGUUAAUAAAUCGGAACAAUGUGUCACGUUGUUCUAAUAGUCAUAUUCUGUGGUGAUUGAGUUGUUCUGCACUGAGUGCACAGAACAAGAACUACGUUGUUAUACAAUAUGACCUGCAUUAUACAGGUUGAAUGUGGUGACGGAAUUUCACACACUAGUGUACGCGCCCGGCGCGCCUCGCAAUGUUCGGUGGUACAUAUAAAUAGUGAUAACAGAUUAUAGCAAUGCAACCGUGCUCACUGAUGAUCAACGCUAGUUUAGUCUGCAUCUUCAUCAGAACAAUUUAAGGAAUUAAGUCGUACAAGACUUACAUCUAGUGCUUGAACAUUUCGAUAAACUUUCUGACUUUCUUGGGUUUUUUCAUUGAUUUUACCUGCCCUCUGAUAAGUCAAUGACACUUGUCAGUAGUCAGGUGAGACUGUAUACAAUGAGUAAUUUAGUAAUAGUCAAUAAUAAAAAAUAAUUCCUCAUAUUUAAACUACUUUUUGAAUUUAAGUCGUAGUAUUACGACUGUUCCUUCAAAAAAUGCAUUGUAAUUUAGUGUUAUCCCUUUUCCACGCCCUGUUAUCUCGUAUAGCUGGCCUGUACGCGCAUUUGUCACGUAUUAGAAAUGAACGAAUCAUCGAUCAAUCAAUCGACCAAUCAAAUGAAUAGAAGAUCACGUGAUGUCUUUAUUACAUCAUCUUCCACCAAUCAGAUUGCUCCAUUUCCUGCACGUCUCCGUUAGGAGUUGUUAAAAACGUGAGUUUUGUUUGUGUGCGCAAAUGGAAGGUAUAAAAUGCUUAGGACGCAUCGCAUUUGAUUGUAUCUUUCGUACACCAGUACUGAGACUCAUUGUAAGUGUUGACUCAUACAAACACCAUUCUUUUGUAUACACUCGUCCAGAACAUAGUCACAAGUUGCAGCUGUAUGACGGUUAUAUAUUAUAGUACAAGAGCCGGCAUAAGAAAUAUCUACCCUCAUCUGGUAUAUAAUUGGGAUAAGAAUUAGAUAAUAGAAAAUAUUCACAUUGACACGUUGCACACAGGUUGCUUAUUUAAAUUGCAAAUAGUGUUAAAUUAUUAUUAUUUUUUAAUUAAUUUAAUUUCCUUCCCUCAUUGGUUAAUUUUAAAGAAUCAAGAAUUAAAAAAGUAAAGGUUGCUUGCUUUCACACUGCAACUGUGGGGUUGCCAGAUAUAAACAGUCAUGUUAAUUAUAUACCCUCAUCAGUUUUUCAGUCGUCUAACAUGUUAAAUGAAAGCUCAUUUUAAGCUUAAUUAAACUUUCAUGGUUUCCUGGAUUUUGUAUGAAAAAUGUGUUUGGCCGCUGUUUUUUAGGCAACAUAUUUGCAAUGUGUCACAGUGAGUGAACAUUGUCUAUCAUAUAUGUAUCACUAAUGAAUAACAGAUGAGGGUAUAUAUUUCUAAUGCCUGAUCUUAGACCAUCAUACCAUUCUUUUGUAUACACUCGUCCCACAACUAGAAUACAGAGUUGCAGCUUAUAUAUAUUAGCAGAACAAAAGCUGUAUACAGCUUGAUAAUGAUUUAAAUGUUAAUAAUCUUUUGGGCUAGUUGGUGGUACUCGGCAAGCAUGAAGAUAUUAGAAAUGUCCUAAAUUCUAAAAUGUUGAACCGCUCAUAAUGUAUGAAUUGUAUGAAAUAAAUUGUUUAUUGUAUUAUAAAGAAAUUAUAAUUAUAAUAUUAUUUGGAUAUAAUAUUUUUCAUUUUAUUUUAUCGUCUGGCUCCUUAUUCUGUUAGUAGAUUUUCAUACAAAGUGGGUAUGUGUAGUAAUUGUACGUACGUAUAUAUACUAUAUAGCGUGCCGCGCGCGUGUUAUUAAGCUGUCUGAUAUAUAGAAUUAUGAAUAACCUCAUCUUUUUGUCAUACAAAUAACAGAUAUAUUAGAACAACCAGUUGGUCGCACCAUUGCGUUGGUUUGUAUGGAAGAUAUUUACAUCCAUAUACAUAUAAUAUCAAACGGGUUUCCCUCAAGUUGGUUGAAGAACUUGGUUUUUGGUUGAUUCAUAAGGCUGGGCUCAAAGCAAUUACCUUCUAUUAGACUUUUAUCGUACUCAAAUUCGCCAACAAAACUGUCGUUUUUUUGAAAGGGAUGAAUUCGCACAUCGAAAAUAUUUAACACCAAUAAAAACACUAAACGAAACUACUUAUCAAUUUUAAAUCGAGAUACACACACCUGUAAUUUAAACACAAUGAAAUAUCGAUUCUAUAGACGCAGUAUUUAUGAACACGUUUGAAUAUGAUCAUACGCGUAUACUUUUGACAGGUGUCAAAACUAUAACUAUAUCCUCUAGCGAGACAGGUAGUAUAGAAGGUAAUUGGUCCGAGUCUUAUUUAAUUGACAUUGUGGAUAGUUCUAUACUAGUACUUAUCCCAACAUUUUUAAUCCCUAGUUCGGACUACUUUAGGGUUUUAGUGGAGUACGAACAAUUUUUGGAUUUACCGCCCAAAAAUCGUUCGUACUCUAACUAAAAUACUGAAGUAGUCCGAACUAGGCAUUAGUAUAGACUCAAUAUCCCCAGCUGUGAUUUUGUUAUAACCUGCUGAGAAUCUCUCAAUUAUUCUACAGCAUCUUUGAUCUGACCAACUAGCUGUGCAACAACAUAUGUCUAUAUUUGCGUAUACAGAUAGUUCUGUAGCGGAUUGUACCUACUUACCGUUGAUUGCUUUCGAACGACAUAGCACUCGUGUAAAUUGCAUUUAAAUUGUCAUGAAAAGUUGUAAAUUAAAAAAAAACAACAACAAAAAAUCAUCGUAAUGAUCACCAUCAUCAUCAUAAAUAUAUUGUUCUAAUAUUGUAGUAAAGUAAUUUUUAGUUGUUAAUAUAUUAUACAUAAUAUAUAGUUUUACGGUUGGGUUAAAUUAAAUCGCUGUGUAAGUUAUAUAAAAAAAAACUAAAAUUUACUGCUAAAUAAAAAUCAGUAAUAAUGUGUAAUAUAUAACAAAAAAAAUCACAAUUUUAAUAGUUGUGAUAAUAUUCUAAAAUAAUCGUUAUGUCAGUGCUUUAUACGAUACUAAGUAAAGAAAUCAUAGGACAUGAUAGAAAAAAAAUGGCUGGAACUCAAAAUACUAGAAUUUGAGUCUAGUUCAACGUCUGGCUGUAUAAAGGUUUCUAUAGUAAUUUUGGUCAUAUAAAAUCAAAAGUAAAGCCAAUAAAUUAAGAAUUCUAAAAAUUAAAAAUGCGAGAGAGGACAGAAUACCAAUUGUCUCAGCUGGCUUUUCUUUGGUAUUCUAUAUGAAUCUAACCACAUAAAUUAAUUAAUUGAGAAUUGGUCCCAAUUCGAUUGUACACGAAUUCUAAACUAAACUGCCUGGUGUUCUACGAUGUAAUUUUUUACGACAUUCAAGUCAUAUUUUUUACUUUUCUUCAUUGAAAAGGAUGGCACAUACAGCUGUCAAUUUAGUUUAGGUUUGGUGUUUAAUUGAAUUAUCACCACGAUCCCGUUUUUAUAUGUAUACUUUAAAUAAUAUAUUAUUAUAUUAUAGUUGA